AUUUAGAUGAAUUGCUGGGUGUCAAUAAUGUUCUUUAUCAAUUAGAUGGAGUAGGUUUUUCAUAAUUGAAGCAUCUCCACAUUCAGAAUAAUUCCUCCUUUCAAUGUAUUGUUGACCCAAUGGACCGGGAACCCGGUCAUGCUUUUCCGCUCUUGGAGUCAUUGUCUCUUCAAAACUUGAUUAACUUGGAGAUGAUAUUUAAAGGUCAAUUCACUGUAGAGUCAUUUUGCAAUUUAAAAUUCAUAAAGGUGGAAAAGUGUGAUAAGUUGAAAAAUGACUUCUCAUUUUCUAUUGCUAGAGGGCUUCCACAACUUCAAACACUUGAAGUCAUUGAAUGCAGUAAUAUGGAAAUGAUUUUUUUUCCUAGAAAUGAAGAUGGCAUUGAAGAGAUUUAUGCCACUGAAAGUAAAGAUGACUUCGAAGAUAUUUAUGAUGAUGAUAGUGAAGAUGACAUCAACAACAAUGAAGUGAUCGAUAAGAUUGCAAUAGUUUGUAUACGCUCCUUGACUUUGAAAUCACUUCCAAUACUCAGAAGCUCUUGCUUGAAAGUAACAUGGUCUGAUAAAGUCGUUUUGGAGGAUGAGCUUGACUCAAACAUACCACUUUUUGGUGAAAGGGUCCUGUUUCCCAGGUUGGAGAUGUUGGAACUGGCUGAAAUUAAUGUUCAAAACAUUUGGCACAAUCAACUUCCAUCAACGUAUUCUUCCAUCCAAAAUUUAACACAUUUGAUCUUGCGGGGAUGUGGUAAAUUAAAAUAUAUCUUUGCAUCUUCAAUAUUUAGAAGCUUUGUGAAGCUCCAGCACCUUGAGAUAAGCCAUUGUGCAGUUCUGGAAGAGGUAAUAAUCAUGGAAGAGUUAAGAGAAGAAGAAAGGAAGGGCACAAUCUUAAGGAAUGACAAAAUCUUCCCUCGUUUAGAAUGCCUGGUGCUAAAGGACCUUGAAAAACUCACAAGAUUUUGCUCAGAAAAUUACAUUGAAUUUCCAUCCUGAAACAGUUGGAGAUAGAGCAAG